AUGACAGCUCUUCGCAAAGCCUACUUAGCCGAGAGGAAAAGGAAAAACCGAUCAAAGAAACAUGCAGAGGAGCGAUCGAGCGAAUUCUCCUUAACUAUUGACGAUAGUUAUCAAAGAAAUACGAUUUCAGAAACAACCAGUUGUAAUGUUCAUAUUGAGGAGCAUGUGGAAUUCGACGCCGAUGUUGAAUCAAAACAAAAAAGGCAAGAUAAAAUUACUUGGUCUUCGAGACGUUAUAUUAAACUCGAGCUUUACCCGCAUAUGCUGGGCCCAAAUCCCAACCGUAUCCCAACAAACGCCGAACUGGACCGAUGCAAGGAGAUUACCAAGAAUUUCAAACUCUUCGAAUAUGGUAAAGUCGUUAUUCACGAUAAGAAAGACAAGUCAAAGAUUAUCGCCGUCAUCGAAUUCACGCCAAUUGACAAACUAAACUCCGAUGAAUUCACUGACAUCAAUUACAUCACACAAUUCUUACACUCAGCUAAAACGUUUGUCAAUGCAGUUGGAUCAGAAUCAAGGUCAUGGGGAGGGAAGAUGUUCGCAAUAGGUUGGAGGAAGGCUAUGGUCGGCUUUCAGCUUAUUGGUCUUUAUCGUAACAAGGCUGCAAUUGAUCGUUCACCGGAAGCUUAUGAAUCGCUUAUGAGGAAAUCGGGGAGGGCUUCGAGUAUCCUCGGUCGAUUCUUUCGCCGUCUUGCAAAUGUCGCUUUUGCCGACAAUCAAGAUACAAUGAAUAAAAAUUCUAUCCCAUCAAUUGGACAGCCGGACUUUGGAAUGCCACUAGGAGAAGACGAUUGCGCACCCAACUUGACCUUUACCACAGAUGGUUUCUUUAAUCAACCGCACUGCGACACCGAAGAUUUGUCGGAGUUUGCCUUUGGCUUCUUCACUCCAGUGAAUAAAGCAGAUUGGUCCCUACCAAAUUCCAAGACGUUAUCUCCAUCUACGGGACGCGCCUUCGUUUUCCCAGAUUAUCGAUGCGGUAUUGAUUUGUCAAAGAACAAUGCAGUUGUUAAGGUUGUCUGGCGAGCAAAAGAAGUUCGGCAUUGCACUUUAUUUUCCGCAGACGAUUCCGUUUACAAUCAAUUGGGAAUGUCUCUCCAGAUAAACAAAAAGACGGCAAAUACUUCGCACGACAUAAAUUCCGGCGCUAUCUUCAAGAGACCGGCAUAUAAAGAGAAACCUAAAGAAAAACUUUAUAUUGGUAAUGUUGCCCAUUAUGUUCAAGGCUUGCUUUGA